AUGUCAUCAUCACGGCCUCCUUCAGCUUCUAAAGCUACAAACAUUUCAACAGGAUCACGAACCACGUCCGCAUCAUCACGUUUGCGUGCUGCUCAAACUAAUCUUUCAUUCGAGGUCAAUGCUGAACAAAAAGCACAAGAUCGUCUUCAAGCACAGUCGGAUGAUGAACGGGAACAAUUCAUUAUUGAUGUCUUUCAUAAGACAUUUGGAGAUGCUAUUCGUAAUAAUUCAGAUGCUUUUCGAGGUCGUUUUCGCAAAAUGGCUGAAAAUCCAUUCAAUUUCUAUCGUGGCUCAGCAGUACUCUUCUAUCACGAUUUAAAAAUCGAUCAAGAUCCUUGGAUUGCUCGAAAUAAUUCAGCGGGCAAUAUAUUUAUUCAUGGCGACUUACACGCAGAAAAUUUUGGUACUUAUAUGAAUUCAGAUGGCAUAUUAAAUUUUGAUGUCAAUGAUUUUGAUGAAGGCUAUUUUGGUCCAUUUACAUGGGAUGUUAAACGACUUUUAGCAUCACUCAAUCUAGUAGCUUAUGCAAAAGGUUUUUCUAAAGAUAUUAUUAGUAAAAUAUUGACAACAUGUGCAGACGCAUAUGUAAAACAAGUUUAUAAAUUUUGUGAUUCGUCAAAAGAUCAAUUGGCAUUUACAUCAGAAAAUACGACAGGGAAAAUUCAACUAUUAUUGAACGAAGCACGUAUACAAUCUCAUGUCAAUAAUUUAGCAAAGAUGACAGUAAUCAAGGAUUAUGGGCGUAAAUUUAACCGUGAAGACUAUCAAGAUGUUAAUUCUCAAUUAUACAAAGAUAUAACUAAUGCUUUCAAUACAACAUAUCGUGAAUCCAUUCCAAAAUCCAAGGAAAAUAAAGGAAGUCCAAGUAGUAGAAGUAUUUCAUACAAAAUAAAAGACAUAGUUCAAUGUCCUUCAAGAGGUAUUGGCUCUGCUGGUGCAGCAUCUUAUAGUAUUCUCGUUGAAGGGCUGACAGAAGCAUUAGAAAAUGAUGUUGUUCUCUCCAUGAAACAAGCAAUACCAUCAGCUGUGAGCAGUGUUGUCAAAAAUCCUGAACUUGAAAAAAUUGGAUAUGGGAAGAAAUGUGACACUAUUAUUCCUCAAAUUUCUCAAAGUAACUAUUCAACACAUUUUAUUUUUAAUGUAGCCAAAAUUCAUUGUGUCGCUGAUUCGGAUUGUAUCAAUCUACUGAAAAAUGCUUAUGAUCCUCCAUCUUCUAUCAUUCCACACGAUACAGACGCGGCAAUACGUGAUGCUAUUGGUAAACAAGAUAAGGAAUUUAUUGAAGACAUGGUCAAUUUUGGCAUGACUUAUGGAGAACAAGUUCGUCGUGAUCAUCGCAUAUUUCAUAAAGCUCUCGUCGAAGAUCGCAUUCCUGGACUCAAGAAGGAAGAAUAUAGCGAUUAA